AUGUUCCUGGGAUGGGCGAAGGAAGGCGGGAUGGCCGUCAGCACCUCCGUCCUCACCCAGGCUGCUUGGUGCGUCCUGCCAUCACGGGUCCUGCUGGUGCUGACCUCUCAGAAAGGGAUCCAGAUGUACGAGUCUGAUGGCUCCAUCAUGGUUUAUUGGCACGCACUGGAUGUCACAGAGCAUCCUCCAGCACAAGCAGUGUUUGCUCGAGGGAUAGCUGCAGCUGGCGGACGCUUCAUCUGCGUGGGGACGUCCUCUGGGCUGGUGCUGGUGUUUGACAUCCCCCCAAAAGGGACGAACAUCACAGUGAGCGAGGUCCUGGAGCAGCACCAUGACGCCAUCACUGACAUCGCAGCGGAGCUGGGCCAGGCUCCGGACGGGGCUGGUGACCUGGUGACUGCCGAUGACGCUGGGACCCUCUGUGUCUGGAGUGCAGGAGAGGAGUUCACCCUGCUCAGCAAAAUCCCGGCCUUUGGCUGCACCUGCUCCUCCGUGAAACUGUGGAACGGGGUCGUGGCUGCUGGCUACGGAAACGGGCAGAUUCGGCUGUAUGAGGCGGCAACAGGCCUCCUGCACGCAGAGGUCAAUGCUCACGCUCGAUGGAUCUACGCGCUGGACCUGGCGCCGCAGACAGGAANGCUGCUGUCGGGCGCAGAGGAUUCCUUUGUUCACGUCUGGAAGCUCAGCAGGAACCCAGAGAGCGACGAUGUCGAGCUCCAGCACUGCCAUGCCGAGUGCGUCACCGACACCCAGGUCUGUGGUGCCCGCUUCUGCGACCCCGAGGGAAACUCCUUUGCUGUGACUGGUUACGACCUGAGCGAGAUCUUCCGCUACAGCCAGGCGUAG